CUUCAUCUACAACUUUCCUUUUGCACAUUUCUUUCUUUCCACAUUUGCAUUUCUAGGUUUUCUUUCCUUCGAUGGUGUUAGGGAUGUUGCGAGGAAGAGUUCUUCGCCACUUGGGUUCAAUUCCUAAUCCCAGAGAUUUCCUUCUUCGCCCAUCGCAUUCUCCUUCAACUUUCUCCACCUUAGACAGUGGUAGUGAUACACGCAGAACAAAACUAUUGGAUUCCAUCAGAAACAUCAGAAAUGUGGACACUGCUUUGGAUUUGUUCCACCAAAUGAUUGCCAUGAAGCCUUUCCAUGGUAACAAGGACUUCAACUUAUUGCUCGGCAUCAUUGCAAAGAUGAAACAUUACACAACUGUGAUUUCCCUUACCAAACACAUGUAUUCCCUUGGAGUGAAACCAGAUGUUUACACGCUCACUAUAGUCAUCAAUUGUGUCUGCCGUUUAAAUCACACAGUGUAUGGCUUCUCUAUUUUGGGGCUUAUGUUCAAAAUUGGUGUGGAGCCCAACAUCGUGACUCUUACCACCAUCGUUAAUGGGUUUUGCAAAGAAGGCAAUGUGGCUGAAGCAGUGAGGUUGGUGGAGCAUUUGGAAGACUUGGGAUAUCAAUCUGACUCCUACACGUAUGGUGCAAUAAUUAAUGGGUUGUGUAAGGUCGGAGACACUUUUGCUGCUAUCUCAUGUCUCAAGAAGAUGGAACACUCUUUGGACGUUAUUGCUUGGAAUACAGUUAUUGACGGCCUUUGCAAGGAUGGCAAGGUAUGGGAGGCUUUGGAUAUGUUUUCAGAAAUGACUCGCAAAGGUAUUCAUCAUGAUCUCGUCACUUGCACUUCCUUAAUUCACGGCCUUUGUAAUUUUGAUAGAUGGAAAGAGGCUGCAACUCUACUGGGUCAUAUGAUGCGAAAGGGAAUCAUGCCAGAUGUGCGAACCUUUAACGUUUUAGUUGACAAUUUUUGCAAAGAGGGGAUGAUUGCAAGGGCUAAAAGUAUAAUGGACUUCAUGGUUCAUUUUGGAGUGGAACCUAAUGUUGUCACAUAUACUUCACUCAUUAGUGCUCAUUGUUUGCUAAAUCAAAUGGAGGAUGCUGUGAAAGUAUUUGAUUUGAUGAUUCAGAAGGGCAGCAUACCAACUGUUGCAACUUAUAAUUCAUUAAUUCAUGGAUGGUGUAAAAUUAAAAACAUAAAUAAGGUUAUGCAUCUCUUGGGUGAAAUGGUUAAUUGUGGACUAAGUCCGAAUGUUGUCACUUGGAGCAUUCUUAUCGGGGGGUUUUGUAAAGCAGGGAAACCAAUUGCUGCGAAAGAAUUGAUUUCUAUAAUGCACAAGCAUGACCAACUUCCUAAUCUCCAAACUUGUGCCAUUAUUUUGAAUGGCCUAUUCAAGUGUCAUUUUCAUUUGGAGGCAAUGUCAUUGUUCAGGGAGAUGGAGAAGAUGAAUUUUGAUCUCGAUAUUGUUAUUUACAAUAUUGUACUAGAUGGAUUGUGUAGGUUUGGAAAACUGAAUGAUGCACGAGAAUUGUUUUCUUGUUUGCAAAGUGAAGGCAUGAAAAUUAAUGUUAUUUCUUAUACGACAAUGAUUAAAGGUCUA